CGACUAUUAAAGAAGUGGGUCGAGUUACGACUAUCACUGAACUUCAAACAGUUUUCAGAUUAUGGCGAUAUUAUUGACAAUCUGUGAAUGAAUUAAUUGCAAUCUAUAGAAAGUUCAUAAUAAAUCUAACAAAAGACAGAUACCGAUCUCCAAAAAUGGCACCAAAGAAACCAGCCCAUGAAGUCACUCCCACAAAAAUCAAAUUCAAAAACGACUCCAUAAAAAUCAAAUUAAACAAGAAGAAAUCAUCCUCUUCAUUGAAUUUGAACUCAACCCCAGUAGCAGCAGUUGAAAAAACAAUUACAGCGGGUAAUAGUAACACUAACAGCAGUGAAAACAGAGGCAUUGAUUCUGAUUGGUGGAUUUCUUUUUGGGAAAAAAAUUCCCCCUUUUGUGGUUCAAGUGAAGAUGAGGAAGAAGGAUUCAAGUACUUUUUUCGGGUAUCAAAGAAGACAUUUGAGUAUAUAUGUUCUCUUGUAAGAGAAAAUCUCAUUUCACGCCCACCUUCAGGUCUUAUCAACAUUGAGGGAAGACUUCUCAGUGUCGAGAAACAAGUUGCAAUUGCUUUAAGAAGAUUAGCAUCAGGCGAAUCUCAAGUUUCUGUAGGCGGGUCUUUUGGAGUUGGCCAGUCGACGGUUUCUCAAGUCACUUGGAGGUUCAUAGAAGCAAUGGAGGAGCGUAGCAGACACCAUUUGAAGUGGCCCAAUGAUGAUGAAUUGCUGAAAAUUAAAUCAGAAUUUGAAAAAUCGUUUAACUUGCCUAACUGUUGUGGAGCCAUUGAUGCAACUCACAUAGUUAUGACCCUUCCGUCUGUUCAAACUUCAGAUGAUUGGUGUGAUGAAGUUAAAAACUACAGUAUGUUGGUGCAGGGAAUAGUUGAUGACAAAUCAAGAUUUCUUGAUAUUGUAACGGGUUGGCCUGGUGGCAUGACUAUUCCGAAGCUUCUAAAGUUUUCAGGUUUUUACAAACUUUCUGAGAAGGGUGAGCGUUUAAAUGGGAAACCAAUGUCGUUAUCUAAUACAUCCGAGAUUAGAGAAUUUAUAGUUGGUGGAGCUAAUUAUCCACUGCUUCCAUGGUUGAUAACCCCUUAUCGUGAAAGUGAAAGUGAUGCAAUGUCGGGUUUCAAUAUGGUCCAUGAAGCUGCAAGAUCACUUGCUGUGAAGGCCUUUUCACAAGUAAAAGGAAGUUGGAGGAUUCUUAAUAAGGUUAUGUGGAGACCCGAUAAAAAGAAACUUCCUAGCAUCAUUGUGGUAUGUUGUUUGCUUCAUAACAUAAUCAUAGAUUGCGGUGAUCAUAUUAAUUCAGAUGUUCCUUUGUCAUCCCAUCAUGAUUCAGGGUAUACCGAAAAAUGGUGUAAGCAUGUUGACCCUAUUGGGAAACAGAUGAGAGAAAACCUAGCUACACACUUGGCGCAUACCAUUUAAAAAUGAGUUUUUUUGUGCAUGACAUUUGGUUUUCCGCCAUAGACAACUCAUCUCUCUUGUAAAAACGCUAAAGAUAGAUUAUAGUUUGUAAGAAUGAGCAGUUCUUGCCACAGUGCGGAUGAUAACUGGUUUCUUUUAUCUGCAUUUAUAGUUACACAAGUUAGUCUAGAGUUGCUUAUAUUCGCGAAGUAUAAUUUGACUUUGUAACUUUUUGCUAGAAUGGUUGUUGGAAUGUAACCGAAAUGCCAGGGAUCUUUUGAAGAUAUAGUUGGCAUAUGUAAAGCUAGUUGUAACUUGUGAGUUGUGAUGCAUAUGCUGAAUAUAAUUCAAGGUUCAUUUAA